AUGCACUUACGCAGCCUCCUCUGGUGUGUUGCUAUGCUCCACUUACGCAAUGGAGUUUUAUCCCACCUCUACCAUGGCGAAUGGCAGGAUACAGUACAUAAGAGAAGCUACCUCUUUGCUGGUCGACAGCUGUUUUCUAACACCAAGAGACUGGCAAGCACUACGCAACCUCACCUAAUGCUGCCAGACCCAGCCAAGCCUAAGGCGUCCGCUCCCAACUCUACAUACUCAGCCUUAUCGUCUGCCUCAUUCACUGUAGCGCCUACCCAGUACAUUAUCCUCGCAGCACAGGACGCUACUAGGGAACAGAUUCAGUACAUUAAGAAAAUUCUUUUAAUAAACACCUUGCCAGAGUUUGUUGAAGAGGUUACUAGCAAACGCACCGGCCUAGUCGUCUUCUUUAUAGCAGCUAUCAGCUCCUCCCAGGCCGACGCCAUAGCAAUGCUUCCUGGUGUCAGCAGCGUGGCACCUGACGUGAGGCUUAAGGAAGACCAGCCUCUAUCGUUAGCGCCGCUGCCUUUGACGUCUCGCCAAGCCCCAACCAAGGGCUCGCACGGCUCGCCACAGACGAUCCUCCAGGACCCGGCCGACAUCCGCCUUCAGCCCGGCGCCGCUGAAGAACUUAAGGUCAUCUCGCAGCCCCCUGGCUCGUGGCGAGAUGAGCUCCCUGGGUUUGGAUACGCCUCUGAAGCAGGCAAAGGCGUAACGAUCUACGUUAUAGACAGCGGCGCCAACUCUAAGCAUCCGGAAUGGACUAGUAUGACAGGGAGUAAGGACUUUAUGUACGUUGCCAGCGCUGUGCAGGAGGAAACAGAUUCUAGAAACCACGGCUCCUGCGUGGCUUCCAAGGCGACAGGCCUAAAGUACGGCACUGCCAAGGAAGCCAACAUAGUUAUGGUUAAACUGCCUGAAGAGUGGACAUUAUCGGCUAUUACUAAGGCGCUGGUGAUGAUCAGCAAUGACGUUACCCAGAAGGGUAUCAGGGGAAAAGCUGUAAUCAACAUGUCUUUUCGGAAUUGUAAGUAUUCUGAAGUCCUUCCCUAG